UGACAUCCGGACAUACUGCCUGCCCUGAAAUGGAUGUGCUUGGCGCAAGAAUACAGACAUGCCAAUUAUGCCAUACCAGAGACCCGGGCUACUUUCAUAAGGACCAGUUCUCGCGAACAGAGCACACAACUGCCAGUGGGUGGCACAAAGACAAGGAGAUAUAUAUAAGGCGAGGCCGGCGAUAAUAGCACUUUAGAAACACUAGUAAUAAAAAACCUUUAUAAUUUCACACCCAUUAU